AUACAACCGACCUUUGACUUAAAACACUCAAAGCAGGAGCUCUUGAUACUUCUCACUUAUCAAAACUAUCAUGGGAGAUGAUGAUGAUUGCUGUAGUUUCAUGGAGCUCUUGAGUUGUGAAGGUGUUGUUCCCUUUGAUAGGAGACCUAUUGACAGUAAUAAUCAAGAGGCCAUGAUUGAGAUGGGUUAUGAUGAUGGGUUUCUCUUCUCGCCGCCACCACCACCGCCACCAUCUUGUUCUUCAUCAUCAUCCUCUGCUUGUGGGUUCUCUCAGAUGCUCAGCUUUGGGUCACCCAAUGAGGAGCGCUUUCCCUUCAACAAUAAUUCCCCAAAUAGAAGAAGCAGGGCUAAGUCUACUAAGAUAUUAGAGGCUAAUGGUGGAGGGAGGAGUACAGUUGCUACUACUAAUGCUACCAGGAAGCCUACAGCAGGGUCUGCAGGAACCGUUAAGGUAAGAAAGGAGAAGCUAGGGGACAGAAUCAGUGCCUUGCAGCAGCUCGUUUCUCCAUUUGGAAAGACAGACACAGCUACCGUUCUCCUUGAAGCCAUUGGUUAUAUCAAAUUCCUGCAUGACCAAGUUCAGGUUCUGAGCUCCCCAUACUUAUCUAGCCACCAACAUGAGGAGCAAAGGAGGGAGUUCGCAAGAGGGGAUCUGGGGAGCAGAGGGCUCUGCUUGGUUCCGGUGUCCUGUACAGAAAAUGUGGCCAGCAACAGCAAUAUUGGUGCUGAUCUCUGGUCACCAGCUGCUGUUGGAGGAAGCAGCAGCUCCUCCUCUGGCUCUAAGCACUAAAAAGCCUCUUUUCUUCUUCUUCAUCUUUUCCUCUCUUUUUUAUGGGUGUCUGUCUACUGGGGUUUUGUUCCUUUGUUUUUGUUUUUCUUUGUGUGUGUGUGUUGGGUUGGGGGGGGGUCGUUUUGUUCUUUGUUUUAAAUGAAGAGAAUUGAUGUUUAGUGUGGAGAAUUGAAGUUAACUGGAGUAAGAAGUGCGAAGCUAUGUACAUGUGUGU